AUGAACGCUGCCGGGCGUCUUCUGGUUGAGUCGGCAGCGUCUGCAUCCGGUGGUCACGAAUCCCUCGAGAAAGGGGCCCAACGCAUGCGUGUGACUUUGGUGUUCAUCCUCGCGGGCUUCGUUACCAUUUGGCUGCUCUGCGUGGGGUUGAUUUGGCAUCUUCGAGUGAACCGAGCAGGAGCACUGAAAGGCGACGCAACGGCUGCUAGGAAGGUCAUCUUACCAGCGUACGAACCUGUACUCUUUGUGAUGAGCCUUAUCAAUGGCGGGUACAUCGUCUUCCUGCUGGUAACUCUGGCAACGGGCUACUUCGACGAGUUCGUGUCUCCCAUCAUACUCGAGUCUUUCUACUCCGGGAACCAGUUCAUGUUCGUGAUCGUGCUGGUGUUGAUGUUCCAGAAAAGUCUCUCGUUCCCCGCUGUCAAGCGAUCGGUGGCGAUAUCGAUGGUGCUUUCGUACUACACGGUUCCGUACGUCUGGGCGAUGACAAAGUUGGGGAAGCUUGAGCAGCAGAAGCGCUUGACCAUUGGACUUCACUUAGUACGCGGGCUGCUGAUGCUACCUUUCGUCUACGCGUUCAUUAACCCUCCGAGCCGAGCUACGAAGCGCAUCAUCCGCGAGUUGUGCUUCUCCGCCAUCGUGUUCUUCAUGCUAACUGUGCUGCUCGUGGUUCUCGUAAUGAACCCAAAGACUGCUGGCACGCCAAGCCAAACCGUAGUCUACGUGAUGCUAACUUGGAUCGCGUUUUGCCCACUGAUAGUUUGGCGCGUGCUCAAGGCUGACACGGAGUACUGGAGGGGCAUCGGACAGCGAGCUUGUGCUUUAAAAGAUCUGUUCCAGCGCGAGAAUGGCUUGAGCGAGCGCGUGUCAUCCGAAGGUCUUCACGUUCUCAUUGAAAUGAACCGGAAGUGUGUGAUCGACUUCGCGUAUUUGGAGCUCGUCCGGCAGCUCGGAGUCGGGUCCACGUCAACCGUUUUCCAAGGAACCCUCAAGACCAAAACUCACGUGGCCGUCAAGGCGUACGCGCCUACAAGCUGCUCGGAGGAUGUCGUGGCUGCAUUCUCACACGAAGCAGCCAUGUGCAGCGUCUUGAACCACCCAAACAUCGUCAAAUUCCACGGAAUGUGCGUCGCGCCACCGACGAUCUGCCUAGUGUUUCAACUGUGCCAAGGUAGUCUGGCCGACGCUCUUCAGGAUCAGGCUCGGCGACAAAACCCUCGGUCUGCUCGACAACAGCUCCUCAUUAGCGUGGGCUACAUGCUCGACGCUGCUCGUGCCGUGGCUUAUCUCCACAGCUUCUCGCCUCCAUUUGUUCAUCGUGACAUCAAGCCGUCAAACUUCCUCGUGGAUUCCGAGUGCAACGUGCAGCUGUCAGACUUUGGUGAAUCGCGGAGCGUGGCCAAGCUGGAAGGUAGAACGCUGGCACCGAAACCCAAGGUGCCCGUUCUGGAAGAUAAGCAGUUUGUGAUGAAGACUGCACUCCAUUCUCCGCUGGGCACGACGCUUUCGUACGUUGACUCACCGUGGGGCGCUUGCAUGGAGAAGAAGUCACCAGAGUAUAUUGCGCCUGAGAUUAUUGAUGGCAAGGGGGAGCUGGUGUUCUACGGCGAAGCUGCGGACGUGUAUUCACUCGCGGUUACGAUGUGGGAUAUUCUACACCCUACGGACGACAAGUUCCCACAAGCUAGUGACGACCACGCGCAGGUGCUCGAGUUGGUGUUGCGUGGUGUAAGACCCAGACUGGACAACAGUACACCUCCGAGACUACGCGGCAUCAUUGAGCGUGCAUGGCAGCAAGAUCCCGGACUUCGGCCUACUGCGAAGCAGCUUGUCAGCGCGCUGGAGGACGUCCAGGACGAGCUGAGCGCGCGCUUAGUGCUCGACUUGAUGGGCGACUUGUGCGAAUACCCUCCAUCCCCCAAGGCGAGCGGAUCAAGUGUCCGGUCAGCUGACGUUUAUCACGCACACACUUUCCCGGGGGCUUUCAUCGUGGAUCGAAUGAUCGACCGUCGGUUUGUUAGGAGCCCGGCGGAGGGGAUUCGCAUGGGCAACGCGCUCAUGGACUCGAGUGUGCUUCACCACGUCACCCACUCCAAGAGUUUCGAGAACACGUCGACGGCGCUCUACUUCUUCGAUCUAGACGAAGCGCAGCUCAGCUUGCCAAGUCACCUAGAGAGUCGACUCCAUCGGAGCAGCUCAACGAGCAUGCACGAGUCAAGUAUCCCCAUGCUAGCUCGCGGACCCCGCACAUCGUUUAGCUUCGUCCGAACACGGAGCGACGCACCGUGCCAGUGUCGACAACUUGGCCAACGCCUGGUCGGCAGCAAGUCGUCAAAAUUCCACCGACGGCGACAGUACCAAGCUGCGCCUGAGCCUACCGUGGAGAUUAACACUCUCACGACUGCUCUACUGGUGGGCGAAGACCCCAGUCUGGACAGUGAUAUGCUUCAGGUGAACAACUACAGCGCGUUGAGCACUGUACCCGGUACUGCAGCCACCAUGGCCUGA